UUGAAGAUAACAUGAAUCGUUUAUUUGAUAUAUUUAUAUGUGUUAUGGCCUUCAAAAGUGCAGUGAGUAUAUCCGAAGUGAACCAAGCAUGUAUAAACUCAUAUCAGGAUAGUUUGGAUAACAAUUUUCUUAUUGGAACCUGGUUUAAAGUAUGUGAAUUUGCUCAAAGAUUAAAUCUACCAUCUUCGAAUUAUUGUGAAGAGACUGUCAUAAAAAGGGCCACUGAAACAGACAUUCAAAGAUACCGGGAGGGUUACAAACAAGAAAACCCAUUUAACUUUGAUGGUAAUCCAGUUAUAUCUGAAUCUUUUAUAUUCAAAGGUAUGUUAAUGGGAAACACGGAAGCGAAAUAUUUUGUUUUCGAUCCUGAAAACUAUUUUUAUAAAGAAGACAAGUAUAUAGCGAAGGUGUUCAGAAGAGUUAGUGAUAAUUAUUUGUUGGUCCACCAGUGUCAAUGGCGGGGCUAUUUUAAGUCGUUGCUCUCGAGGAAGCGUAAUGUGACGAAAGCAGAGUUAAAUAGAGUGAUUGCAACUAUGAACAAAGAUGUAGGGGGCAUGGAAACACAGAGAUUUUGUACAAACGAUACGUUUUUUUGAUUUUUUCUUUUAAUAUUUUAUUUUAUAUCCAUAGAUAGUAGAGUCACUACAAACAGACUGCCUUGACAUUUCAAAAGUGCUUAUAAACUAGGCUUACUUUAUCAUGAAUUUUAAAUUUUUGACUACAAUCUCACCUGGUGGUAAGUUAUGUUGCAGUCUUAAAUUGUCGGGCUAACCUCGGUUUCUGUGCGACAUCGUACCGGAACGCUCAAUCGCUUAGCUGCACGUCUUUGUCGGUGAGGUGAAAACUAGCCACAAAGACGUGCAGCUGCAACCAAUUGAAUCUUGCGAGUUAAAUUUGACCCACUUUCCGGUUUUCAACUGAGCUAUCAUGAUUUUGCAUGCAUAUUCUGUGCCUCGCUGGCGAAGUGGUUAGCGCUGUGGUCUUAUUCUUGGGAGGUCUCGGGUUCGAUACCCGGUAGGGACAAAAUGGAAAUUUAAAAUUUUCUGAAUUGUCUCUGCUCUGGUCAGGUCAGUCUCACCAACAAAGUCGUGACGCCAAGUGACUUACCGUCCCCGCAUGAUGCCACAAAAGGUAUAAGGUUAAUUUAAAUGCGAUACUCCUGAAAGGUAUCGCUGCUACAACAUCACUUACCACCUGGCGAGUAUGCAGUCAUUACAUUAAUAUAGAAGAAAUUAAUAGAGUGAAGAUGAUAGGACAUUUAUUUUCACUCGUGAGUGUAGGUGCUGAGUAACCACACGAAAAUAAACAUUGUUUGCGAGAAAAAGGUGCAAAAACGGCUGUACUCUCUUCGUUUGCUUUAUUUGAAGCCCCCGCGUAAACAUCGUUUGUCUUUGCCCCGGGAUAAAUGUGGAGCCACUAAAACUGCGUUUUUAAACGGCAUUUUUGUACGUGAAGUAGGUAUACCGGUAAUACUAAAGAAAAUUAGGUGCCCUAGAUGCUUUAGAAUCUCUCCUUAGGGAUGGCAAGGAAAUGCUCUACAAUAGUGAAGGAUCUAUGAGAUUGACAAGAAGUGAAUGAAGCCUAGCUGGCAGUCUCCUUUCUGAAGUCAAAUGCGUGUUCCGGGAAAGAAAUCCAUUGAAAUUAGGGGGUUUAAGUUUUCUUUUCGCGGAGUAUAGUAAAUUAAACUUAAUUUUCAUAAUAUAUCAUGGAAAUCCGCAAAGUAAGGCCUGCUUCUAUCCAAUAUACAGCUCGUUUAGCGGCCCGGUCCAGGAGCUCAGCAAAUGUUUGUUUUAGAAAUAAUUCCAGUGAUCCACGCCGCUAAUGAACCGUACCUAGAAAAUAACACUUUCAUUACAAGGGAAAUCUGAUCUUUUUCUACCGCUAAUUGUGCUAAUUAGCAAAACAUUGUGUUGACUCUAGACGACGUCUCUGGCGCAGCGGUAAGACUACUGAUAAUUUUUGAAACGACAAGUUUGUUUAAAUAAAUGAAUAAAUAUAC